CAGCCGCCGCUCAUUGAGCUGCAAUUGCCGGGUAACCGUCGCGUUGUCGUCACCUUGUGCAUCUGAGCUGCCUUGAAAUCAUCACAAGAUUCAUCAAAUACACAGCUUAGGAGGGUGAAAAUGUUUUACAAGAUCGUUUUGAGUUGUGUCGCCCUCUUUGGCGCUGCUGUACACGCAGAAACGGGACCUAUCCUUAUGCAGCAACCAGAGGAAACCAUCUUUGAUACGGCAUCCAAUGUUGUUUCAGUCUCCUUCCACUGUCGUGCUACCGGUGAUGAACCAAUCACCUACACGUGGACUAAGGAUGGUGCUCCACUCUCUCUGGCAACUAACGCUCGACUGGUCAUCACACCUGGGCAACUGACCAUCACUAGCCCAGAGAGAACAGUAGACGGCGGGGAGUACGUGUGCAUGGCCUCCAACCGGGUGGGGUCAGUGAGAAGUUUGCCGGCUGAGCUCGUCUUUGCCUAUGUUGAUUUAUUUGACCCAAGUGCUACAUCAACUCAGUCACUGACUGCAGGGCAGGGGGGCUGUGUAACCUGUAACCCGCCUCCACAUUACCCAGGUAUCUUGGUGAAUUGGUUCCAUGAGAAUAGCUUGGUGGACUCCAGCGAUAGCCGCAUCCGGGUUAUGUAUGACGGCCGGCUCUGCUUCUUCUACGCUUUGGCAAGUGAUGCAGGAGCAUACAGGUGUCAAGUCAAGAGCAAUGUUCUCUCCGAGGGAGGUGUCCACAUGAGAGUCAGUCCAUUGGUCACUGUUACAGUCAAUGCCGGUUCUUCGAGUUCAGCUAUCAGGAUUGUUCAAGAGAACAGACCUACCGAUGUGAUGACUAUUGCUGGAGAAGACGUCAAAUUUGAAUGUUUCUUCUAUGGCCCGCAACCAACGGGUCAGAUUCCCAGGGUCCAGUGGGUACGUACCUCACCUCCUGGUGCUGGGUUGCCCACCAGUAGAGCUGUGCUGGAGGAAGGGGGUGAGAUCUUAAGCAUUGUGGGCGUGCAGCUGGAGGAUGCAGGUUCCUACCUCUGUUACAUCGAUGACGUCAACAGUGGAGCUUCGGCAGGACUCAAUGUCGCGGAAACCCCAACAUGGGUUAGCGAACCACUGGAUGCCAUGAAAGACAUCAACACCAUGCAGGAAUGGAACGUAGAGGCCGAGGAGGCUGCCCAGUACACCUGGUAUCGCAAUGGAGAAAUGUUGACCGCUCGAGACAGACAUCAGUUCCGCAACAACCACGAGACACUCAUAAUAAGCGACCUGAUAACGACGGAUACAGCCAUGUAUCAGUGCUUCGCAAGCAACAAUCAUGGCAUGAUUUAUUCUGCUGCACAGCUGUCCGUAAGAGCAUUCCCGCCUAUGUUCCUGAGCCCAAUGGAAACAGAGCAGCCUGCCCCACUCACAGCUACAGUCACUGUGCUAUGCGAUGUGGAUGCUGCCCCCGCUCCGACGGUCACAUGGCAGCACGAUGGUCAACCCAUCACAGGCGGCGCCCGCUACAACUUGACCGCUGACCCUCCUAACCUGGUCAUUAUAGGUGUACGGGUGUCCGAUGGUGGAACUUACCAGUGCACUGCCACCAAUUCAAAUGGAACAGUGACCGGCGAGGGAAGUCUGGAUAUAAAAGAUUCGACGGUGAUCACAGGGCAUCCUUAUAACACCUUGGUAGAGGUUGGGCAGUCUACCACCCUACGUUGUAAAGCUGCUCAUGAUGAAUCCUUAACGUUGACCUACCUAUGGGAGCACAAUGGAGUAGAAAUCGACCUCAGUGAAAUUGAUAGAUACAGAAUGUCCGAGAGAGACAGAGGUAACUUGGAGAUUGUCUCAGCUCAGUUGCGGGACGGUGGUGAAUACACCUGCGUUGCUCUGACUGUGGCUGAUUCAGACCGUUCUAGUGCUACGUUAGACAUUGCAGCACCCCCUGGACCCCCGUCCGGUCUCUCGGUGGAGGUUGAGAACCUGGCUGCCAACCUGAGCUGGGUGCCAGGCACAGACAACAACAGCCCCAUCACAUCCUUUACCAUCGAAGGACAGACGGAUCAUAGCGACGAAUGGGUCGAACUCCCCUCAGGUGAAAGCACUGGAUCUAACUCUGUUCGUCUGAUAGACUUGGAUCCGUUCAGUCUUUAUUCCUUCAGAGUUAUCGCUGUCAAUAGGAUUGGUCGGGGAACACCCAGCGAACCUGUAGAGGCAGAUGUCAAAACUGGCAAAACAGCUCCUACUGCAUCACCAUCGAAUGUUGGAGGUGGCGGUGGCAAUACUGGAGAUCUUAGAAUCACAUGGGAUAAAUUCCCGACAUCCAAGUGGAACUCUGAAACGGUGUCCUACAAGGUGGAAUGGCAGAAGGUCGACAGUCGGGUGUCCUCUAUAGGUCUCCUUGAGGAACCCAACGCUAUCAUCUACACAGCUACACUGGGCAUUGAUCUCUACACACAAUACAGAGUACGGGUACAGGCAAGGAACGGCGAGGGAGAAGGUCCCUUCAGUGAAUGGGCAGUCAUCUAUUCAUACCAAGAAGCACCCAAGACAGCUCCCACUGGAGUGAAAGCAGAGAGAGCUUCUGGGACGACCAUCAAUGUAAGCUGGGACGCAAUUGAUGAAAGCACUUUUGAGGGAGAACUCUUGGGAUAUAAGUUGAAGUAUUGGAGUGAUGACAGUAAUGAAGCCAACGCUAACACCGCUGUCAGUCUGGGAGUUGGGACCUCAAAUACAAUCACAGGCCUGGAACCCAGCACCAGGUACACUGUAAUGGUGGCAGCAUACAGCGGAGGUGGUAACGGACCCGAUAGCAACACAGCUUCAGAUACUACUUUCAAGAGCGCACCCAUGCAGAAACCAACAGGAGUAAGGGCAGUCCAAUCAGAAACAGGCGGUGAUCUUACAGUCAAUUGGAAUGGUAUCACUACAUCAGCAUCUGAAGAGCCGCUCAUGGGAUACAAGGUUCGCUACAGGACGGAGGGUACGUUCGCUCCAGAUGCCGUGACUAUCGUUGUCCAAGGCAAUGAAAAUACGAAAGCUAUAAUCAGAGGCUUGACUUACGAGACCACAUAUCUGAUCACUGUAGUAGGAUAUAGUGACGGGGGUAAUGGGGUCAGUAGUAACCCUCCUUUAUCGGUUACAAUAGCUAAAGGAAGAAUGAGACAACCGAGUGACGAUGGAAACAGAGCAUCAAGAACCGGUGGAGUGUUAUCAUUCUCUCUUUUCUGUGUAGUAACACUCCUCAAUUCAUUAUCCCAUCUCUUAUGAGAUGGUACAGACCAAAUACUGUAGUCUAUUAGUAGUACUUCAGCUCAUACCAUAUUGUAAAUUAGGGGUGUCUGGCCUCUAAUUAGGG